AUGGCCCAAGGCCACCAGGAGGAGGCGCUCCUGCUGGGGACUCCACGGGAGUCUGUUCCAGUUCUCAUCUCGUUGGAUACCGCCACAUCCCACAUCAUCCUUGGUCACCCUACCUGCCUGCAGUUCACCCUGAACAUGACCGAGGCCGUCAAGACCUACAAGUGGCAGUGCAUUGAGUGCAAGUCCUGCAUUCUCUGUGGGACCUCGGAGAAUGACGACCAGCUCCUCUUCUGCGAUGACUGUGACCGUGGCUAUCACAUGUACUGUUUAAACCCCCCUGUGGCGGAGCCCCCAGAAGGGAGCUGGAGCUGCCACUUGUGCUGGGAACUGCUCAAAGAGAAAGCCUCAGCCUUCGGCUGUCAGGCCUAGGGCCCCAGGUCACAGGCUGUGACGCGCCGCCGGGGAGGCCCAGCCG